AUGCGCCUGCUCAAAGGCCUUGUACUAGGUCUGCUCCUCGAGAGAGGUCUAGGCCAGACAGAUACUCAGCCAGACGGUGACAGUAUUGCAACUGUUGCCGACCCUGUCGAGACAGACCCCGCAGAUGUCCCUGCUCCUGACCCGACUGUCCCAUCAGAUGGCGACACUCCUUCAGAUCCCCCAGACCCAGCAGAUGAUGGACCGACGAUCACGUUAGAUGACCCUCAGCCCACUGACGAUGGAUCCGAUGCCAGAAUCCCCGCUCCAGAUCCCACUGAUCAACCUACCGAUGUUGAAGACCCUUCAGCCAUUCCUGAUGAUCCUGCCGAGACAAAUACAGAUGAUGAACAGCAAGCUCCCACUGAUCAGCCCGCCCCAACCGACACUGAGCCCGCGCCCGCCCCAACAGACGUCGAUGCCACCCAGACCGAUGAGGAGACUCCCCAAGAGACAGAUACCAAUGGUGAGGAAGCUACGCAAACAGAUGGUGACACCGAUGCGACACCCGUCGUUCCAACAGAAGCCUUGAACUCGGCGGCCGAAGAGACCCCAGAGGCAACCCCUCUGGCAUCCGACACCGCAGACGAUCAAGUUCCACAAACGACCGAAGAGCCAUCGGAUGAAGAGACCGAAGAACCAACCGCUGACUCUGAGCCAGAGGAGUCCACCCAGCAGAAGACAAGAAAUCUUGUAGCACCGACAAACACUGAGAAUAGCGAUGCGAAAACGACUGAUGGCGAUGGUAAUUAUUCACCUGCUCCUUAUGCUAGUCCGACUGGAGGGGAUGAGGCCGAGCAGACGGGCGAUAGUGAACAGACCGCUGAUGGAACAACCCGCAAAGCUGCAGCUACAGGUAGUGGAGGCAAGGAGGAGAAGACUACGCUUGCUACUUCCAAGGGCGCUGCGCCGACUUCGCCCGCUCAGGAUUACGCAAUUGAUCUGAAAGAAGCUGAUCUAGGCGACUACGCCGAGUUCCAAGGCGCAGGCGAGAAGACAGUCGUUGUUCUCAAACCCCCUCCCAACACCGAAGCAAAGUGCGAUCUACCCCCCACAAGCGACGAAGACGUCCCCGAGGGUGAAGACGUGCGCGUCGUGCUCGCCGUGAAAAUCGCAGACCUCAAGAAGGGCGUCAAGUCCGGUAAUCGCUUGCAAAUGCUCGUUGACGGUUCGACUGUCUAUGAUAAGGAGCUCCUGGGCACUGGGGAUGAAGAGGAGAGUAUUUCGAGUGAUAAGUUCAGGGCUGCGCUGGAUCAGAAGGUUAAUGUUAUUCAUAAGGCGGGUGAUAAGCCGGUGCAGGUUACGAUUCAGGAUGCGAAUAUUAGGAGUGCUGUUAGUGCGGGAAGUAGAGGGGGGAGUGGAGGAGGGUCUGGUUCUGGGGAUGACGGUGAUAACUCUGGUGAUGGUGGCGAUGGUGAUAGCGGCUCUGGCGGCGGUGGAAGCGGAAGUGGUAGUGGAGGUGGCAGUGGAGGCAGCUCAGGCGAUGGCGACAGCUCGGGCGGAGGUGCAUCCGAGAGCGCCUCAGGAACCGGAGACGAGAGCUCAUCCCCGUCAAGUGUCUCUGGCGGCGAUGGUCAAACCAACGUUGCUGGCAAGAACUUCAUGGUCGGCGAGGUUCUCAUCUACGCCCUUCCUCUCGCCCUUGCUCUCGUGGGAUGA